AUGCAGGAAGAACUUGGACAAUUUGAGCGUAACAAGGUAUGGAAUCUUGUCCCUAAGCUUGACGGUGUGAAUGUUGUAGGAACAAAAUGGAUUUUUCACAACAAGACUGAUUCAGCUGGAAACAUUACUCGCAACAAAGCAAGACUGGUUGCACAAGGCUACUCUCAAAUUGAAGGAAUUGAUUAUGAAGAGACAUUUGCACCGGUUUAUAUUGACGAUAUUAUCUUUGGUUCCACUCAAACAGGUGCUACAGAUCAGCUGGUUCAAGUCAUGCAACAGGAAUUCGAAAUGAGAUACAGUGAUGCCGACUGGGCCGGAAAUGCAGAUGACCGCAAAAGUACAUCUGGGUUAAUCCAGACAUUUCUUCAGAUCUGCUCUCUGCUCCAGGAAGUUCUCCAGACCGAAAAUUAA